AUGUCUAUCGACAAAAAGGAUCCCACCAAGGAUGAUUCUGAAGACUCGGUAGGCUCCAGCCCGGAGGGUGAGCCUGGCCCUGCGAGCAACUCCAACGCUGCUGGCAACGCAGCACAGGAGAAUCAGCAACCCAAGCGCAAGGGUGGACGAAAGCCUAUCUAUGCGACCUCUGAAGAGAGGAAGCAGCGCAAUCGGCAAGCCCAGGCCGCCUUCCGCGAGAGAAGGACGGAGUACAUCAAGCAGCUUGAGGAGACUAUUCGUGUCCACGAGCAGAACCUCCAUAACCUCCAAGCUGCCCAUCGCCACGCUGCUGAUGAAUGUCUGAUGCUUCGCUAUAAGAACUCUCUUCUCGAGAGGAUCUUACUUGAGAAAGGCAUCGAUGUCCAAGCUGAGCUUCGUGCCAAGACUGGCAGUCCAAAUCUUGGCCCGACUCACAUGCCACAGAACCUCGUCCAGCCGCCUCCCAUCCCCCGCGCGAUCCUCAACCGCCACCAUGCGCGCAGGUCGGCCUCGAGCAUCGCGCCAAAAGUCGAGCCAGGGAUGGGCGCGCUGCCUCCGCCCCUGCAGCAUCCCGCCUCCGGCGUGGCCUCGCCAAAGAACCGCCCGACGCCCUCUUCCCAUUCCGCGUCACCGACUGCCACCAACUCGGUCUUCGGCGCUUCCCCCGCCCAAUCCGGCUCGGAUCCCACAUCGGCAGCUGCAAUCCGGCCAGGGAUGCCACCGACCACCGCGCCGAUGAAGCCUCACCAGGCGGGCCACAUGGCCAACAUGGGCGGCAUGCCGCAGCAGCCUGCUCCGCGACAGAUGCAGCCGCAUAUGCAAGCAGCGCAGCAGGCCGCCAACAUGCGCCCUUCUCCCAACGUUUCCAACGUGAACAGUGCCGCCUACUAUCCGACUCCGGCAUUCCAGAACCACAUUGAGCAGCUCGGCAAGUUGACCCAACAGGAAUACGACGCCGCCGCCGACUUGAUGGAAGACCAGGUCGACCAAGCCGAGACCCCUUCAGGCCCCGGUCCCUAUCCCGGAGGACCCUACUCGGCAGAGGCUCAGCAGAUUGCCCUUUCCAGCCCGGCAACGACUGCACCCCCUGGCGACGGCUCCUCGGCGCCCACCCCUCACGGCAACUAUCCCUCUAUGACACAACUCCUCGACCCCGGCAUCGACUGGGACCCUUUCGGGUUGAGUGCCAGCAUGGCGUUCCCCACUCAGUUCUCCUUCGACACCAGCAACAUGAGAUAG